CCGUACGUCAAACCAGUUGGCGCCAUCGAGCUGCUAGGAUGACAGAAAAAGAGCAGAGGAGCAUUCGCAAGUUUGUGCUUCAUGAACUUCGAAAUGAGCAAGACCUAAGCAAACUGACGCUGGGAAUUUUGAAAAGACGAUACCUGGUUGGGCAGAGAUGUGAGUCAUUAAGUCCUGCAGUGAAAAAAUACAUGAAACAGGUGGUCCAAGAGGAAGUAAUAAAAAUGCAGGAAAAUGACGAGAAUGAAAGUGAGUUUGAGACCAAGAAACCUCAAACCAAAAGGAAGAGGGAACAAGAAGAAGUUGAAAGUGAAAAUGAAUCCAGAACAAAAAAAUCCCGAUCUAAAAUUUCAAGCUCAUCAUCAGAAUCGGAGGAGAAAGAGGAGUGUGAAAUGGAGCAUGAAGAUGAAGAACAGAUUGAUUCUCAAUCUAAUGGUGCAAAGCGAGAACUGAAAAAAUCUGAACAAAAGACAAAUGGAAACCGUAAUAAGCAGGUUAUAAAAGAGGACUCCACAGAUGAGGAAACUAACAAAUCAGGAAAAGAAGAGGAUGAGAGUAACGACGACAGUCCAAAGCAAAUUCUGAAAAAGAAAGUACCUGCUACAAAGACACAAACCGGUAAAGCAAGCAAAGACAAGGCACCAGAAGGGGAAAACAAUGAGAGUGAUGAAGACAAGUCUACAGAUAAGGAAACUCACAAAUCAGAAGAAGAGGAUGAGAGUAACGACGACUGUCCAAAGAAAAUUAUGAAAAAGAAAGUACCUGCUACAAAGAACAAGAAGAAACAAAUCGGUAAAGCAAGCAAAAAAAAGAAAGCACCAGAAGGGGAAAGCAAUGAGAGUGAAGAAGACAAGUCUACAGAUGAGGAAACUAACAAAUCAGAAGAAGAGGAUGAGAGUAACGACGACAGUCUAAAGAAAAUUAUGAAAAAGAAAGUACCUGCUACAAAGAACAAGAAGAAACAAACCGGUAAAGCAAGCAAAAAAAAGGCACCAGAAGGGGAAAGCAAUGAGAGUGAUGAAGACAAGUCUACAGAUGAGGAAACUAACAAAUCAGAAGAAGAGGACGAGAGUAACGACGACAGUCCAAAGAAAAUUAUGAAAAAGAAAGUACCUGCUACAAAGAUCAAGAAGAAACAAAUCAGUAAAGCAAGCAAAAAAAAGAAAGCACCAGAAGGGGAAAGCAAUGAGAGUGAUGAAGACAAGUCUACAGAUGAGGAAACUAACAAAUCAGAAGAAGAGGAUGAGAGUAACGACGACAGUCCAAAGAAAAUUAUGAAAAAGAAAGUACCUGCUACAAAGACACAAAUUGGUAAAGCAAGCAAAGAAAAGAAAGCACCAGAAGGAGAAAGCAAUGAGAGUGAUGAAGACAAGUCAGUAAAGAAUGACAACACGAAUAACAGUGACUCAUCUGACAGUGAAAAAGGAAACAAAGCCUCAGAGGAAAGGAGAAAUAAUGAUUCGGAUUCAUCUUCUUCGGAGGAAAAGAAAGACAGCGAUGGAGAACACGCACCACAAAGCAAAAAGAAAAAUAAGAGGAAAACAGGAAAAAGAGAUGCUGCUGCCAGAGAGCAGAAGGGUGAUCACAAAUCAGUUGUUAGACUCAAACGCUACAUUGCCCUGUGUGGUGCGAAAAGAAACUAUAAGAAGCUGCUGGGAGACUGCCGUACCAUUAAAUCUGAAGUCGCUAUUCUAAAGAAGGAGCUGGAAGAUCUUGGUGUCAAAGGCCUGCCAUCUAUUGAGAAAUGUAAAAAAAUCAAAACGAAGAGAGAAGAAGCUCAGGAACUGGCUGAUCUUGAUGUUGGAAACAUCAUCACCACACAAGGUCGACCUAAGCGUGGAGCAGCUGCAGGUUGGAACAAACAACAGGACCCUCCAUCCUCUGCUUAUCAGCGGACUUUGAAUUCUGGCUCUGAAAGUGAAGAUGAAGGCAAUACGCACAGAGGACGCAAAAAAAUUUCAGAUUGGAACAAUCUGCAUGGCAUUAUCAGCGAUGAUGCAGACAGUGACUAACAGGGACGAUUUCGCUUUCACUUUGUGUCCAGUAAAAUUGGAUGUGGAUACUGCAAUCUAAUUUCUUCUUUUCUACUUUAAUACAAUUGACACCGUAUUUUCUAAAACAUUUUCUAUGAAGUUGUUUAAACGUUGUGUACAAAUGAUGUUUUGAGAGGAAUG